AUGCCUACUUUUAUUAGUGCACUGUUGAAAGAACCACUUAAGAGUGAGCUCAUUGCCCUUUUGCAGGAGUUCAGAGAUUGUUUUGCUUGGCAUUAUCAUGAAAUGCUAGGAUUAGAUAGGGAAUUGGUGGAGCACAAGCAGGCCAGAAGAAGAAUGUCCAUGGACACAAAACAGAAGGUCAAAGAAGAAAUAGAAAGAAAUCUGAAUGAAGCUUCUCCCAAGGAUGAGUACCCUAUGCCAAUGGCAGACAUGCUAGUAGAUGGAGCUGCUCACAACCAGAUGCUAUCUUUUAUGGAUGGCAAUGCAGGUUACAAUCAGAUCAUGGUGGGAGAAGAAGACAUCCACAAGACAGCCUUCAUGUGUCCAGGACACAUAGGUGCUUUUGAGUACACUGUAAUGCCUUUUGGUUUAAGAAAUGCAGGAGCUACUUAUCAAAGGGCAAUGAAUUCUGUCUUCCAUGAUAUGAUAGGACAUUCUUUGGAAGUGUAUAUCGAUGAUGUGGUGAUUAAAUCCCCCGAAAGGGAAACCACAUACCAAAUCUAA